CGACAAAGCCGUCUCCACCAUACCAUCUCAUCACCAGCAGAUCAUGGGCAGGCGAGCAAAGAACAAGCAAGCACCUCCUCAACCUUUCGUCGAGCGUUCAGCGGCUUCGUCGUCCUCUGGUGCGGCCAAGGGGAAGCGAAAGGCCUCUGACGCUGCGUUGCCCUCUUCCAAGGCGGGAGGAGCAGCAAAGGCGGCGAAGAAGGCGCCUGCAAGUGCUAGACCCGUAAAGGCUGCUCCCUCGAAUGGCGUCAAGAGCGGCUCUAGGAAGGAAAAGGAGAGGAAAGCCCUCUUCGCCGACAGUGCUGGCUCAGCCGAGGGCGAUGACGAUGAGGACGACGGCUUCUCCGGCAUCGAGGAUAUGAGCGAUCUCGACGAAGACAGCGAGAACGACGCCGAAGAGGCCCAGAAGGCUGGGAUGCUGUCCGACGAGAAUGACUCUGAUGGCCUUGAGUACGAGGAUCUGGACGAGGACAGCGAUAAUGAGCUUGGUGAUCCUGAUGACCGGGAGAGGGACGAGGAGGGCGAGGAGAGUGACUACAUGGAGUCGGGCGAGGAGGGCGAGGAGGGCGAAGAGGAGAAAGAGGGGGAAGAGGGAGAGCAGGCAGACCCGCUUGCUUCUCUGGGCUUGCCGCAGGAUGGAAGGCCCUUGACGGCAAGGCAGAAGAAGAAGGCUCUUGCCGAGGCGGAGAGGCUGGAGGAGCUGCUCAAGAGUCAGGGGUACUCGCUCGAGUCCGGAGAUGAGGACGGCGAGGACGUCGAACAAGGCGAGGGAUCUGGCUCUGAGCCUGAGAUGAACGAGGACGAGCUCGCCUUCCUUAAUGGCGAGGGUGGCGAGGGCGAAGACGAGGACGACGAGGACGAGGACGAAGACAGCCUCGAGGGCGAGGAGGACGAUGGCAUGUCCGAAGACGGCGAGACGUUCACCCUCCCCACUCUUGAGCAGCGCGAAGCCGAGAAAGUGCGCGGUGCCGACCUCCAAGUGGUACAGAUGCGCAUCACAGAGGUUGUCAACGUCCUUUCCAACUUCAAGCGUCUGGCGCCCGCCGAUGGUCCCUCCCGCAGCGAGUAUGUCGACCAGCUGCUCGACGACAUCUGCAACUACUACGGAUACAAUCGCUACCUGGCUGAGAAGCUCUUCAACCUCUUCUCGCCCGCAGAAGCCAUCGAAUUCUUCGAGGCGAACGAGACGCCUCGCCCCGUGGUGAUCAGGACAAACACGCUCCGCACCCGCCGCAGGGACCUGGCUCAGGCUCUGAUCAACCGAGGUGUCAACCUCGAGCCGGCAGGCAAGUGGACUAAGGUCGGGCUUCAGGUCUUCGAAUCUUCCGUCCCCAUCGGUGCGACGCCCGAGUACCUCGCGGGCCACUACAUGCUGCAAGCCGCUUCUUCCUUCCUGCCCUGUGUGGCUCUCGCCCCUCAACCGCACGAGCGAGUUCUGGAUAUGGCUUCUGCCCCCGGCGGCAAGUCUACCUACCUCAGUGCCAUGAUGCAGAACACGGGCGUGGUUUUCGCAAACGACUCGAACAAGGCUCGUAUUAAGAGUCUCUCUGCCAAUAUCCACAGACUGGGAUGCAAGAACGUGGUCGUCUGCAAUCACGACGGCAGGCAGUUCCCCAAGGUCCUCGGUGGCUUCGAUCGCGUACUGCUCGAUUCGCCUUGCUCCGGUACGGGAGUCAUCAGCAAGGACCCAUCAGUAAAGAUGAACAAGACGGAGAGGGACUUCCAGCUCCUUGCCCACCUGCAGAAACAGCUCAUCCUCUGCGCAAUCGACUCGGUAAACCCACGCUCCAAGACGGGCGGGUACGUCGUCUACUCGACGUGCUCCGUCGCUGUAGACGAGGACGAGUCCGUCGUCGACUAUGCGCUCAAGAAGCGACCCAAUGUCCGGCUCGUGCCGACGGGCAUCGACUUCGGUCGACCGGGCUUCAAGUCGUACAUGGGCAAGAACUUCGAUCCCAAGAUGGACCUGUGCAAGCGCGUCUUCCCGCACGCGCAUAACGUCGACGGGUUCUUCUUGGCCAAACUGAAGGUGGAGCCGAGGAGUAAGGUCGUCAAGGAGGAUAAUGAGGAGAAGGCGGCCAACAGGGGCAAGGGCAAGGGCAAGGUUGCCGCUAAGGGUAGCGACGACGAGGACGAGCAGGACAGUGAGGAUGUGGAGAGCGAGGAGGACGAGGCUGCAGGUGAGGCCGGAGCGUUUGGAUUCAAUGCUGAGGAGGACGAGGCGCUGAUUCAGGCGGCUCAGCAGCGUGUGCAGCAGAAGAAGGGCGGCAAGGCUGCCGCUGCGGGUACCGCAGGCAAGAAGAAUGCCGUAGGUGCCAAGACGAGGCGCGCAUAGCUAGCAUGUGUCAAUUGCAUUGUGUAGUAGUACAUGGUUGAACCUGGCGUGAGAUCAUGAUGCGGGUAUCUUAUAUGCUGGC